CUUGGUCUUGCCCUUGGUCUUGCCCUUGGUCUUGCCCUUGGUCUUGCUCUCGACUCAACCUACCAUCUCGAUUCAACCUACCAUCUCGAUUCAACCGACCUUCUCGAUUCAACCUACCAUCUCGGCUCAUCCCUCACUCACUCCGCCGAGUUUAUCGACCACUUGCCGUCCGACCAUGGCCAGGGCCAUCGCACUCGUUGAUCUGCUCCCGCUCCUCGCCAUCCUGCUUCAUCUGUGGCUGGCGCCCUUUGCAAAGGUCGAGGAAUCCUUCAAUCUGCAGGCCGCACACGAUCUGCUCAUCUGGUCGCCCCAGCACCUCGACCAGUUCGAUCAUUUCUCCUUCCCCGGCGUUGUUCCCCGCACCUUUGUGGGCCCGCUGGCCCUAUAUGCUGUCGACUUGCCCAUCGCCGGAGCCGCCCGCAUCCUCGGCUUCCCCAUCUCCAAGUUCGGCCUCCAACUGCUUACCCGCGGCACGCUUGGACUUUUGGUCGCCAUCUCACUGAGCAAGCUGCGGCGGACCAUAUCGACGCACUUUGGCCACAGUGCUGCACUGAUCUUUGCCCUUCUGUCGACAGUGCAGUUCCAUCUCGUCUUUUGGGCAUCACGCACGCUGCCCAACAUACUUGCUCUCGUACUCGUGAACCUGGCAAUGGCAUACUGGCUGGACUUUCGCCAAAGCAACCUGGAUCGCCCUGCUCGAGCCGUAGUCGCCCACUUUUCAUCGAUGGCAAGGUCGCUCUGGCUGAUCACCGUUGCGACGGUGAUCUUUCGCUCCGAGCUCGUUAUCCUUGCGGGCCCGCUCCUGUUGGCCGAAGUCAUCUUCCUUCAGCGCCUCGACUUUGUUGCAAGGCUCAUCCCGGUCGGGCUCGUCGCUGUGGCUUUCAGUUUGCUGGUCACCGUUGCCGUCGACUCCUACUUCUGGAACCAACCCUUUUACUGGCCGGAGCUCCAGGUGUUUCUGUUCAACACCUACCACAACCGCUCGAGCGAGUGGGGUGUCUCGCCGUUCCAUGCCUAUUUUUCGACGCUGCUGCCCAAGAUCGCCCCGCUGUCUUAUCCACUUGGCCUCCUAUUCGGGCUCCUGAAUCGACGACUCCGCCCGAUGCUGGCGCCGCUGCUGGCCUUCCUGCUGCUGUACUCGAACCUACCACACAAGGAGUGGCGCUUCGUCAUCUACGUUGUUCCCAUGUUCAAUGCCUUUGCGGCCGUCGGCCUGAGCGAUCUGUUCAAGGGGCUGAAGAAGGGCCAUGGCAUCCCAAAGUCGCUCAAGUGGCUCUCCCGCACGAUCCAGCGUCUCGUCGUCGUUGCAUUCGCGGCACUGCUACUGCUGCUGCUCGUUCUUUCGGCUGUGCAGAGCUCCAUCUCUUCACGGAACUAUCCCGGCGGAUAUGCGUUGCGGGCGCUCCACGACCUCGAGUCAAGAACUACUCCAGUCAAGGUCCACAUGGAUGUUGCAACAUGCAUGACAGGAGCCUCCCGCUUUGGCGAGCUCUAUCUCAGCGACGGAUGGGUCUACUCCAAGAACGAGACCCACAAGGACCAGAGCGACUACGACCAGUAUUCCCACGUUAUCACAUCGAGCCCGUCGCUUUUCUUGGGCGGCGCAGAUGCAAGUGAGCGAUCCGCCGGUCCCGAACCCGGGCGGUGCCAAUGGCAAGUCCUGGCCGCUAUUCCUGGAUACGAGCGGAUGCGACCCGUGCGCGAGAUCUUGGCCGAUAUCAAGGCGGGCAUCUUGCCGCGGAGUAUCCAAGACCUCAUCGUCGUCAGCGACAAACUGUGGAUUCUCAAGUGCGCUCUCUAGAAUGGCGGCUGGAGCUCUCGGGCUGUCCGCUGGCGCCGUUGGCCCAAUACAGUUGUGCAUCGACCUACAGAUAAA